GUCCUUUGAGAAUUUCAUGCCAAAACCAAUUGUUCGGAAAGGAAAUGAAAAGUGGAGAAAAACAGAAGUUACAGAGAGAUAUGGAUUUCAUCACUCUGUUUCUCGUUGUCUCUGUAUUCUUCACUGCUUCAGCUAAACAAAUGGAGUCUAAUGUGAGCCGAGGCUCUUCUCUAACACCCACCACAAACUCAACCUGGUUGUCACAUUCUGGUCUCUAUGCCUUUGGAUUUUACAAGCGAGGCAAUGGAUACGCUGUCGGGAUUUUUAUUGCUGGAAUUCCUGAGAAAACUGUUGUCUGGACUGCAAACCGUGAUGACCCACCUGUCUCCAGCAAUGCUACCUUGCGUUUCGCAAGCGAUGGCAGGCUUGUCCUUGAAUUGGCACAGGAGCAGGUAGCCGUCGUAGCUGAUUCUUCUGGAUCUGCUUCCGCUUCCAUGCUUAACUCCGGCAAUUUUGUCAUCUAUAGUUCCAAUCAAGGAAUAAUAUGGCAGAGUUUUGAGUACCCGACCGAUACAAUUUUACCUAGCCAACGUCUCUUAGCAGGUAAUGAACUGUUUUCUAGUAUUUCAGACACGGAUCACUCAAGGGGUAUCUGUCGUCUGAAGAUGCAAAAUGAUGGAAACCUUGUUCAGUACCCGGUGGAUACUCCAGACACAGCUCCAUAUUCUUACUAUUCGAGUUGGACAGAUGGCUCUGGAGAUAACGUGACGCUAAACUUGGAUGCUGAUGGCCAUCUCUACUUGCUAAACGAUACUGGUAUCAACAUUAAGAAUCUAACGGAUGGAGGAUAUCCUACAGAAGAAACUAUUUACCUCGCGAGACUUGACGCUGAUGGAAUAUUCCGGCUAUACUCGCAUAAUCUGAAACAGAACGGAAACUGGUCAAUUGUAUGGCCAUCUUCACCCGAUGAGUGCAAUCCUAAGGGUCGUUGCGGAUUAAAUGGCUUUUGUAUUUCAAACGAUCUAAAGGCUGUCUGUGUAUGUCUUCCGGGAUACAAAAUGGUACAACAGGGCAACUGGACUGCAGGCUGCGAGAGGAAUUUCACUGCAGAAAGUUGCGAAAAUAAAAACAUGCAAGAAGUGCCUAACACUAUUUGGGAAGAUGUUUCAUAUUCUGUUCUGUCAGUACCAUCCAAAGAUUCUUGCAAACAAGCCUGUUUGGAGGACUGUAACUGUGAAGCUGCGCUAUUCAAAGACAGGUUGUGCCGAAAACAAAGGCUUCCAUUGAGAUAUGGGAGAAGGCAACUGACUGAUUCAAACAUUGCUUUCAUCAAGGUAAGUACAUCUACACCGUCUGCACCCACUACUCAAAAUGGAAAUAUGCCGAAAGAAAACAAGAAAAAGGUUCGAGUGUACAUCCUAAUUAUCAGUGCUUCAAUUGGUGUUUUAGGAUGCAUGAUGUUGGUAAUUUCCGGAAUUGUGCUUUACAAAAACCAUUUCCGGUAUAGUAAAAUCUCUUGUAAUGGAACUGUUGAACUCAGUGACGAUUUUGCUCUGCGAUCAUUCACUUAUUCUGAACUCGAACAAGUGACGGAUGGUUUCAGGGAAGAGGUUGGUAGAGGAUCAUUUGGGGCAGUUUAUAAAGGGGCAAUAUCGAAUGGCCAGAAGAUUGUAGCUAUCAAAAGACUAGAGAAAGUGUUGGCUGAAGGGGAAAGAGAGUUUCAGACUGAGAUGAAAGUUAUUGGGAGAACGCAUCACAGAAACCUAGUUCGUCUGCUCGGGUAUUACCAUGACGGAAAUCAUAGGCUUUUGGUAUACGAGUACAUGAGCAACGGGUCACUUGCAGAUAUACUCUUCACACCAGAAAAACAGCCUUGUUGGAAUGAAAGAAUGGGAAUUGCUCGCAAUGUAGCAAGAGGAAUUCUUUAUCUCCAUGAAGAGUGCGAGCAACAGAUUAUUCAUUGUGAUAUAAAACCUCAGAAUAUCCUCAUGGAUGAGUACGGAUGUGCAAAAAUUUCUGACUUUGGAUUGGCAAAGCUACUGAAGCAAGACCAAACCAAAACUUUUACCGGCAUCAGAGGGACAAAGGGUUAUGUUGCACCAGAGUGGCAUCGAAAAUUGCCCAUCACAGUGAAAGCAGAUGUUUACAGUUACGGUAUUUUACUCUUGGAGAUCAUAUGUUGUCGAAAGUGUGUGGACUGGAAUCUAACUGAAGAAGAAGCCGUUCUUGAAGAAUGGGCCUACCAUUGUUUUGAAGCUAGAGACCUUGCUAAAUUACUUGGGGAUAAAGAAGAGGUUGACAAAAAACAAGUGGAGAGAAUGGUUAAACUGGGACUUUGGUGCGUUCAGUAUGAACCAGCACUCCGACCCUCAAUGAAUAAGGUUAUGCUUAUGUUGGAAGGGACUGUAAAUAUUCCAAUUCCUCCAAGCCCUAACUCUUUCCUAAGUGCGAUAUAGGCUCUCAAGUGAUUGGGCCUCAUAAUUUGUAUAACAAAGUUGUUAAGUUGUUGUAUGCUUCAUUUUUAUUUUUAUUUUUUAAUUUGUGAGCUUUAUAUUCAUAUGUUGCAUGUACAAGUCUCCUCGAUGCUCUAUUUUUUUGGUUGUAUGUUCUCUGAAAAUAAAGUUGGAUAAGUGGUUUUGGCUGCAUACCAAAAGUACUGUA